AGCAAUGAAGAAGUACAAACCUACAGAUGCAACAACCAAUCCUUCCUUGAUCCUGGCUGCUGCAAAGAUGGAGCAGUAUCAACACCUCAUAGAUGAUGCAGUUCAGUAUGCCAAAGUAAAGGGAGGCUCUUUUGAUGAUCAGUUGGACUGGGCCAUGGACAGAUUGUUUGUUAACUUUGGAUCAGAAAUCCUGAAGAUUAUCCCUGGAAGAGUUUCCACAGAAGUUGAUGCAAGAUUGUCUUUUGACAAGGAGGCUUCCAUCUCAAAAGCCAGAAGGAUCAUCGAUUUAUACACAGAGAAAGGGAUUGACAAGGAAAGGAUUCUCAUCAAACUUGCAACUACCUGGGAGGGUAUUGAGGCAGCCAGAACCCUGGAACAGGAAUAUGGAAUUCACUGCAACUUGACUUUGUUGUUUUCAUUUGCACAGGCUGUUGCAUGUGCAGAGGCUGGGGUGACACUCAUUUCACCUUUUGUGGGCAGAAUCUUUGAUUGGUAUGUGAAAAACACAGACAAAAAGAAGUUUGAGCCAUUGGAAGAUCCAGGUGUUCAAAGUGUCACUAGGAUCUACAAUUACUACAAAAAGUUUGGAUACCAGACUGUCGUCAUGGGAGCCUCUUUCAGAAAUACAGAACAGAUAACAGCACUUACUGGAUGUGACCUCCUCACUAUCAGCCCAUCACUUUUGGAAAAGCUUUCCAGCAGCAAUGAGAAAGUUACUGUGUACCUUUCAGAGAAACAAGCAAAACAGAGUGAACUGACAAAGAUUAACAUGGAUGAGAAGACCUUCAGGUGGAUGCUAAAUGAAGAUGAAAUGGCAACGGACAAGUUGGCUGAGGGAAUAAGGAAAUUUGCUGCGGAUGCUAUUAAACUGGAGAACGUGAUGAAGGAGAGGCUUUCAAAGGCUUAGGAAUACGACAGUCAUUAAAAAAACUAAGUGGUCAUUCUUUUUUAAUGGAAAUUGGUGACUUUUAUCUUGUUAAAAUUAUUUGCUUCCACAUUAUAGCAAUCUUUGUUGAACAAAGAUUUAUAUCAAAACUUUAAAAAUUUUGCUUUAUAUCCGUGAUGCAUAUUUUCUAAAACACAAUGCUUUGACAGCAUGUUGAAGAAGGCUUUCACAUUCAAGUUUCCUAUACUACUACUACAGUUCAGAUGAAUUGUUCAUGGAUCUUUUUCCACAACUGUACAAUUCAACUUAAAUCAGUUCAACUUAAAUCAGUUAUUAACAGCACUGCCAGUAUAAACAAGUUAUUUUUGAAAGUGACACUUUUGCAACAUAAAUUAGAACAAAAUUUGUACUGAUUUUAGAAUAUUAUGAAGAUUGUUUUUGUUUGCAAAAAAUUAUAACUAUACUAUAAUAGUAUAAUAUAACUUUAUUGAAGUAGAAAAAUAACAAUCCAUGUACUGUUUGUUUACAGUAAGAUGAAAGAUAUUACUCUAGAACUUUUCAAGAAAAUAAAAAGCAAUUAAAAAU